AUGAGUACACAGUCUGAUAGCAUCAACAAGGACACAGUCAUAUCAUCCAAGCCAACAACACAACCUAGAAUGAAUGAAACCAUACCCAGUCCUUAUCCACCAAGAAAUACUAUGGCUCCUUGGUCUCAACAACCUCCGGGUGUAACAAACCCAGUAAACCAAGUUCAGGGCAGUCAGCCUCCUUUCUUCACUUCUCCAGGAAUCUACACUAACCUUCAGCAGAGCCAAGCAAAUAUACAAAUGUUAAAUCCAUCUACAGAGGUGAUAAACUUAAAAGAAGCAGCAAAGAUACUAGGGGGCAUCCAGAUCGUGACUGGAGCGAUGCACAUUGGCUUUGGAGUUAUUUUGGGUGUCAUGAACAGCAGUUACACAAUGGUUUGGGGUUUUGCCUCCCUUUCUUUUAUUAGCGGAUAUACAUUCUGGGGCGGCCUUUCUUUCAUCAUUUCUGGCGCGCUCUCCAUAUCAGCUUCCAAGGUGUUUUCACCUUGUCUGUUGAGAGGCAGCCUGGGAAUGAAUGUUGUCAGUGCUAUCUUUGCUUGUAUUGGAGUGAUUCUGCUGCUGGUGGAUAUGAGCAUCAAUAGGCUACCCCAACAAGACUACUACGCAUUGCUCUCUGGGAAAGGAAUUUCAGCCAUGUUGAUGAUCUUCUCCCUCCUGGAGUUUUGCAUAACUUGUGUUUCAGCCCAUUUUGCCUCUCGAGCAAUCCCCUACACCAACACGGCUGUUGUGAUUAUUCCAACUGUGUAUGCAAACCCAUCGACAUCAGCACCUUCCUCAGCUCCUUUCACAAAUGAUGGCCAACAAGCGUACAUCACUAUGCCUUAA